AGUGACGCGCAUUUACCUUUUCAACAGGGCAGUCGUCCCUGUCCCAGCUCUCGGCAGCGAUGAACCUGCAGUCGCUAACCGGCUCUUGCUGUAGCCUCCCUCGCCUUCGCACCGGCACGAGCGGUAUAUGGCGGAGCUCAACCGCUUCAAUUUCGCCGCCAACUGCCGUUAAGGUCGAUCUCCCUAAAUUUGCCGGAGGCAAAACCGUUCGCAGCCGGUGGCGUUCACUGGCCACGACGAGCGAACGAGAAGCAUCGGCUUCAAAUCCCAAUGGAAGUAGCAGGGUAAGUAAAUUUUUUGAGGUGGAGCUCCAAGUGCGAGACUAUGAACUUGAUCAGUAUGGCGUUGUUAAUAAUGCUGUUUACGCAAGCUACUGCCAACACGGACGUCACGAAUUCCUUGAGAGGAUCGGCUUAAGCCCAGAUGCUGUGGCUCGAACUGGUGAAGCCCUAGCACUGUCAGAGUUGUCUCUAAAAUUCUUUGCUCCUUUAAGAAGUCGUGAUAAAUUUGUUGUGAAAGUGAGGGUUUCGGGCUUCUCAGCAGCAAGAAUAUUCAUGGAACACUUGAUAUUUAAGCUACCAGAUAAUCAGCUCAUCUUGGAGGCAAACGCCACAGCUGUUUGGCUCGAUAAAAGUUAUCGACCUAUUCGGAUUCCACCAGAUUUUAGAACAAAACUUGCUCAGCUUGAUUCCUCCUAGAGUUUAGAUUAAUUUGUCAAUAAUUGAUUUACUAUCUUGCAAUGAAAAUACUUUAAAGAUGGGGAACCAAACUGCAUCUAAAGUGUUAAGAUAUGGACGAGUGAACAUGAAGUUUCCUUCGGGGCGAGUUCUAUCAUUACACAUGGUGCAUCAUGUUCCUGCUGUUCGACGCAACAUUAUCAGUGGUUCAUGUUUAGUUAGGGAAGGUUAUGAGUUUUCUUUUAAAUGUAAUAAAGUAGUUGUGUCACAUGCUGGAUCUUUUAUUUUUAAAGGCUAUGAGUCUGAUGGAAUGUA